AUUAUUUUUUCUUUCUUUUUAAGAACACUAAUGUUUAGGGUAAAAAACAGAACAGAACACGUUAGCUAGCACACAUUCUUCAGAAAGCAUGUUUGAUGCAACAUUCUCUUACGAUGAAAGCAGCUCUGAUGUUGAUCCCCAGUUAAAAAAGAAAAAGGGCGAUAACAAAGAGUUGGUUGAGCGUAUUGAUAUCGAUGAAUUUCUUAUAAAAGGAGGAGAGUGUGGUUGCUUUCAAAUUUUUGUACAAUCAGGUUUAUUCUUAGUACUCUUUCCGUUGGUGUUUCCUAUACUGUUGUUUUAUUACAUUGGUUACGACCCACCAUGGAGAUGUUUAUACAACAAUAACAAUAUUACUCAUAGUGUAGACUUUAAUAAAACUUGUAGCAAUUCAUCAGUGAUAUUUCCACAUGAUGAUGGCAGUAGGUGUGACUUGGAUAGAUCUGAGUGGACAUUUCAUUACCAUAAAACCACCUUGGUAACUGAGUUUGAUUUGGUUUGCAAUCGAAGUUCACUGAAUGCAUUGGCUGGUUCUAUUGUAUUUAUUGGAUGGGCUAUUGGUAUUGUUAUCAGUGGUUAUUUAUCCGAUAAUUACGGACGCAAAUGGACAAUGUUCAUAGGAUUUUUUGUCACAACGGUUUUACUAUUUGUUAGUGCGUUCGUCAAUCAAAUAUGGCAGCUUAUCGCUGUACGCUUUUUCAUUGGUUUAUUUUUCGCUGCGCCAGCAUUAAAUACUUAUGUCAUGGUGGUAGAAAUUGUUGGUCCUAAUCGUAGAGUUAUGGCAACGACGAUGUCUCAUUUUUGUUCAGUAGCAGCGGGAAUAGUAUUGACUAUAAAAGCUAAAUUUAUUAAUGAAUGGAAGACGUUGACCAUGGCAUGUUCAGUACCGUACCUUAUUGGAAUGGUGGCAGUUUUUUGUGUUCCCGAAUCCGUUCGCUGGCUGAACUUAAAAGGACGAACAAAAGAAGCUGAAGCCAUUUUACGUAAAGCUGCAAAAUACAACAAAAAAAUAUUACCUUCUGUCUCUUUAGAACCUGCUGAGUCGGAAGAAAAGCAUGGUAGAAAAGCUUCAUAUAUUGACCUGUUUAAAAGAUGGAAACUAGCUAAAUCGAUGUUGGCACAAGGGUUUAUAUGGUUCCAGUGUGGCAUGAGCACAUACGCUCUGACGUGGUCAUUCGCAAAUCUUAGUGGUGAUAUGUAUAAAACUAUAUACUUUCUCUUAUGGUGCAAAUCUUUGGACACCUUGUUGUCUGGUUUUUGUUACAGAAGAACUGUCGUUGGUUGCUUUAUCGUGGCUUGUAUUCCAAAAACAGAAAAACUUGCAGUGUAUAGAUUGGUGUUUGGGAUGACUGGUUUCUUCAUGAUCAGCAAUGUAUUUACUGUCAUGUACAUGUGGUCAUCUGAAAUCUAUCCAACUGUGUUGAGAACACAAGGUAUGGGUAUAAACAUUGUGACAAGCAGAUUGGGAGCUGCAACUUCUCCUUUCAUCAAAAUCUUAGACCAGUUUCAUCCAUCUGCACCCUUUAUCUUAAUGAGCUUGUGUGGUAUGGUAGCAACCGCUUUGUGUUUCAUGUUACCGGAAACAAAAGAUCGACAGACACGCGAAACGUUGCGUGACAUGUUAGAAGAUGCUGUCGAGCUGCGGACCAUGGCUGCUGUGGAUAUACGUGAAGAUUUGAGUGACGAUUCGGAAAUAGACUAUGAUGCAGAUAUAGAGGAAACUCAUGCUUUAAUACUUACAAAAGUAUAGUUACAUGUUAUUUUGCUUUAUAUAAGGAAUUACUUUUUGUCCCAUGAAGCAGGACCACUCACAGAUCAGAAGGUGCACGCUAAACGUCAAGCUUUAUUUAGCCUCACUUUACCCGUCCCAAUAAAUAUUAAAAUGUAAUGUCUACUGAAGAUAUUGACAUAAAUUAAAUAUGAAAUACAGUGAAUUCGUCCACAGGCAAACAGUUUAUAAUAUGUUUUGUUUCAGUAUCAUCAAUUCCUGAUAUCACAAGAACUCACAUAUUUUUCUAUUCUCUCUCAAAAAAAUUGUAUGCUUCGUAGUUUAAAGGGGUUGACGUUUAGCAUAUACCUUUCAAUUGGUGAGUCAUAUCUAACUGGAAUGGUGGAAGCAAGAAUCAAGGCUAGUCUUAGUUUACUUGUGUGAAACCAACAAUAGCCUUUUACUAACCUGUGAUGUCAGCUGUAUUUAUGAAGGUUCCGUUUAAUUUGACUGUAUUUUGCGCUACAGCCCAAUAAGUCCACAAUGAAAUUAGAGAUUUUUCCAAGUGUGCACGUGUUAACAAAAAAAAUUAUCAGCUUUUUUGCGCUAUCGAAGAAAAGGUAGUCAAAUGAAACGAACCUAAAGGAAGGCAGAUUUUUUAUCUUGUAUGUUUUUUUUAGAGUUUCAAUAUUUUCAUAUAUUUAUAUUUGCAUUUUUAUAUACAUGAAUACACACU